GUGAGCCUCAGUCGGCGAGCCGGCUCCGCCCUGGCGGACUCAGCGUUACUCGAGCAAGGAGGUACCUGGAGGCGUGCGGCCGUGGCGGACAGUUGCGCUCAUUUUUUUUGUCCAGGAAGUGCUGGGUACCGUAUCGUAUCACAGAGGAUCAUGUUAAUCAGGUCUGCUUAGGAAUCUAGUCAUGGUGGAUGUUAGAAAGUGGCCCGUGUUCAGCCUACUUGCUCCACAAGAGCUCAAAUUGAUUUACCAAGCCUGUGUCUUUGGCGUCUCAGCUACUGAGGCUGUUUAUGUAACAAAAGAUAACAAUGUAUUUACUCUUGGAGUGAAUUGCAGUAGCUGCUUAGGAGUUGGAGAUGGUCAAAGUAUAGCAAUACCAAAGAAAAUAGAUUCUCUGUGUGGGAAGGAAAUAAUAUCUCUCAGUUAUGGAAGUGGACCACAUAUUUUACUUGCUACUGAAGAUGGAGAGACCUAUUCCUGGGGCCUCAACAACAGCUACCAGCUGGGAAAUGGAACGAGUGGUCCGGCCUCAUUGCCUUUCCUUGUUUCCAGCAUGUUCUCUAAUAAGAAAGUAGUGAAGGUGGCUUGUGGCUCCAUUCAUUCUAUGGUUCUGACAACAGAUGGAGAGGUUUAUUCAUGGGGUUCCAACAAUUAUGGACAAGUGGGAUCAGGAUCAGGAUCUGGAUCAACCGCAACCCAGGCAACACCGCGUAGAGUCAUGCAUGGUCUGGAGAACAGAAAGGUUGUCACUAUUGCUUGUGGUCAGCUGUUCUCCAUGGCUGUAACAGACAAUGGAGAGGUGUUUGGUUGGGGAAACAAUUGCAAUGGCCAGAUUGGAUCAGGGAUCAGUGGAAACCACCUUAUUCCUUGGAGGUUGACUGCUUUACAAAGUAUUUGUGUCCUACAGAUUGCCUGUGGUUAUGCUCACACACUCGCACUAACAGAUGAGGGCUUGCUUUAUGCCUGGGGUGCUAAUGCAGUGGGGCAGCUGGGUUUUGGAAAUAAGGUGAACCAGAUGGUCCCGGUGCUGAUCGUUUUGGAGAAAGAAAGGAUUGUAGAGAUUGCAGCUUGCCAUCCCACUAAUACUUCAGCUGCAAAGACCCAGAGUGGUCAAGUGUACAUGUGGGGCCUAUGUCGUGGACAAUCGGUGACUGUCCCGCACCUCACACAUUUCUCCUGCACAGAUGAUGUGUUUGCUUGCUUUGCGAGCCCAGCAGUUAUGUGGCGUCUCCUCCACGUUGAAGAAGAUGAUCACCUGACAGUCACCCAGUCUCUGCUCAAGGAGUUUGACAGUUUGGAAACGUCAGAUUUAAAGUUCUGUGUGGAAGGAAAAUUCAUCCAUGUUCAUAAAGCUAUUCUAAAAAUUAGGUGUGAACAUUUCCGGACUAUGUUCCAGUCCUACUGGAGUGAGGACGAGAAAGAAGUGAUUGAAAUCAACCAGUUUAGCUAUCCAGUUUACCGUGCCUUCCUCGAAUACCUUUACACAGACUCUGUUAACCUACCUCCUGAGGAUGCCGUAGGCCUUCUGGAUCUGGCUACAUCUUACUGUGAAAAAAGGGUGAAGAAGCUGUGCCAGGAGAUAAUCAAGAGGGACAUUAGUGUGGAGAACGCAUUUUUGUUGCUCUCGGCAGCUGUACGAUAUGAUGCUAAGGAUUUAGAAGAAUUUUGUUUCAAAUUUUGUGUGAAUCAUUUGACUGCUGUGACCAACACUGACGCAUUUUGGCAAAUGGAUGGAGAUCUCUUGAAAGAAGUUAUUGGAAGGGCUAGUAAAUGUGGAGCCUUCAGGAACUGAAUUUGCUGGGUUGGUGUGCUCAAUUAUCUUUAUAAAUAUAUUCCUUCCAUGAUUUCUUGAGCAUUUACUGAAUGCUUGUGUAAUCCCUGAGCCAGCUCAGUUAUAUAGAAUUCUACUUCUGCCAGAACAGUACAAAUAAAGUGGACAUAAAGGGUGUGUUUAAUCCAAUUUUCACAAAAACGUGCACCAAUAUUACGGCUUAUUGUUUGAUUUCUGUUAGCUUCCUGGAUGUGAAUAAUUAUGCACCAUUUUGCUGUAAAGAAAUGGUUGUGAAUAAAUUUUGCAAAAUUGUUUUCAGUAAAUGCUAAAUGGCUCCCCUUUUUGACAAUUGUCUGAUAGUAACUACUACUCAUUUUGAAGAGGAGAUCUCAGUUCCAUUAACUUAACAAAGGGCUGGCAGGCUCCCCAAGAAGUAGCCAUGGCAAUCAGAACAGUAACAUUUUUUAUUUUUUAACAGAAUUCUAAGGUUGGUCUGUAUGAAUUGGAGUCAUGGAGAGAGACAGUAUGCUGCUAACCAAGAGUAAAUAUUGUUACGCAGAUCCUGGCCACCUCAAUCCAUGUUAUUGUAGGGUAAUAUAAUUGGUGGAAAUAUAUUUUAAUUCACAACCACCGACAUGGAGUUGGAGUUCACUUUAAGAUGCGGUCUGGUGUGAUGACGUUAUGGCUUGAAGUUUCUACCGUGCCUGAUGUUCUACGUUUGUUUUUUUUACAAUAAAAUGAGUUGUUAUGGUUUCCCUUAAACG